AUGACAUUAAGAGAAAGCCAGAAUCAUGUCGUUUACUGUUUCGACCGUUAUAAGACCGUCGGUAUCUGGCGUCUUGAAUUACAGGAUGGCGAGACAUUGCAGUUCUCUGCGAGCGAAGACGAUAUUACUCUUCUUCGUUAG